UCGUUGGCCUUGCCAUCCAGUCAGUCCAGAAGUAAGGAAGGAAGGAAAGUCAAAAUAAAAAUACAUCGAAACAUUGUUGGUCGGUUUCAUCAUUGAAGUUGCCGCGCGAAAGAUCGUUUGACCCAAAAUAAUAACAGAAAUACCGAACAAUAUUGGUGCGAUCCCGCGGAAUCAUACGGAAACAGGAUAUUAACCCACAACGCAAAGACUUAAAUUACUCGCAUCUCGUGCCAAGCAAAAAAAAAAACAAAAUCAUAAAAUCGGCCAAAAGCAGUGUGUGUGAUGAUAAUUUGGGUGUUCCACCGAGAACGAUGGAUCAUUACUCAACGGUCGGAUUGGAUCGCCUAACUGGCUACGGGCUGUCGGUGAUGGACAGCUAUUUACCGAAUUACUCAACCGACACGUCCCUGUAUCGCAGCUUCAGUUCCUCGGGCGACACGAGCCCAUCGUUCACCGGUCGUGAUGGAAGCGUCAAUUACGGGUUGUCUUCAUUCACGGAAAUGAUAAUCGAUGGCGAAAGCUUCGUUCCGGUUCAACCUCAUGAUUAUUACUGUCUGGAUCAGCGGCUCGUCGACACCGUCGGGAAUCAACAACUAGCAGCUCCCGUUUUGACGACGACCGACGCCAUCAAACCUGUCCCGAGAGCGGGCAAGAGUAAGCGGAAAGCUCCCGUUGCUUCAUCCUCCAGCUCCUGUUCAUUCUCCGGCAGAAAGAACUGUAAACGUGCUAAAAGUGAGCCCAGUGAUUUGAAAGAAACGCCUGCCCUAUCAACGCCUCCCAGUCCAACCGUGCUGAGGAAGCGGCGUCUUGCCGCAAAUGCCAGGGAGCGCAAACGGAUGAACAGCCUGAAUGUGGCAUUCGAUCGUUUGCGGGAGAUCGUGCCAACUCUCGGACCGGACCAAAAACUGUCCAAAUUCGAGACACUUCAAAUGGCACAAACCUACAUUAACGCACUGAGUGAUCUGCUGGAGAGAGGAACCGACGCCUCGAGCUACAGUUUGUUUGAUGUUUCCUCACCGGAAAUGGCCAGCGACACCAACAACAAUCACGAUCGGGAUGGGGCUGCCGACGUGCAACGAUUUUAUGAUGUGAAUUACAUGUGACGGUGUUUUCAGAACUGAUCUCGUACGAAUACUGUAUUAACGAAGCCAAAUCUAGUCUUAAGGGCGAACGCGAUUAAUUUUAUUGUGAAG